CGUGUUCCAGGGCGGAGAACGCGGGGGUGCGGAGCUUGGCUGAGUCCAAACGCUCGCGUGCCUCAGUCUACCCGGAGUCGCGGGAGCCGAGGGUGGACAUUGCCAAGAGACAGAGAGAGACAGGAGAGAGAGGUGGGCUUGCAGGCUGUGACCUCCAGGACCCAGUGUCUAAGCAGAAAGGAAGCUCAGAUCCGUCCCAAUGCCAAUGGUGAAGAAACACAGGAGGAAGGUCUCUGUAGUCCUUCCGGAACUCUCCGAGAAGGCCAAAGAACAGCUGGCCGAGGCGGAGCUAAGGAAACUGAGGCAGCAGUUCCGCAAGAUGGUGGAGAGCAGAAAGUCCUUCAACUUCCGCAACCAGCGCAUGAUCGCCAACCAGUAUAAGGAAAUCGAGAAUCUGAAAGCUGAGCAGGCAGAGACCACCCUGCUUCUGAGCCUCAUGAAGUCUCCGAAGAACCUGGACCUGAACCAGAAAAACUUCAUGGAGCUGCGCUUCCUGCUGCAGACCAAGGGGGACUAUGAGGCACUUAUCACCUCCAUGAAGGUUCUGUUGGGAGAGCUGGAUGACAAGAUUGUUCAGAUGGAGAGGAAGAUCUCCAAUCAGAGACAAAUCUUCCUGAAGACACAAGAGGCCAAUAAUCCCCGGAAGCUGCAGAAACAGAUCCAUAUUCUGGAGACCCGACUGAACCUGGUCACUGUCCACUUUGACAAGAUGCUGACCUCCAAUGCCCAGCUCCGGAAGGACAUUGAGGAUCUCCUCUUUGAGAAGGCCGCCUAUGACCAUGUCUACCAGCAGCUUCAGCGGCGUCUGCAAACACAGAAGAAGACCAUGAAUGUGGCCAUCGAGCAGUCUGCCCAGGCCUAUGAGCAGAGGGUGGAAGCCAUGGCCCGGAUGGCUGCCAUGAAGGACCGCCAGCAGAAAGACAUCUCUCAGUACAACCUGGAGAUCCGUGAGCUGGAGCGCCUGUACGCUCAUGAGACCAAACUCAAGUCCUUCCUGCUUGUCAAACUCAACGACCGCACCGAAUUCGAGGAGCAGGCCAAGAAGAAGGGAGUGGCCAAGGUCAAGAAACCCGGGAAGAAAAGCAAGGGCGAAAGCUUCGAGAGCUACGAGGUGGCGCAUCUGCGGCUGCUGAAGCUGGCGGAGAACGGGGACCUGAACCAGCUCACCAAGGACUUCCUGGCCAAGGAGGAAAAGAACUUUGCCCGCUUCACCUACGUCACCGAGCUCAACAACGACAUGGAGACCAUGCACAAGAGGACCCAGAGGAUCCAGGAUGACAUCAUCAACCUUCGGUCCCAGCAGCAAUCCUCUCACGAGGGCACCCGGAGCGUCCUGAGACAGAUGGAGGAGAAACUGAGGAAGACCACGGAGGAGGCGGAUGUUUAUGAGAACAAAUACAAGGAGAUGAGUAAGACCCUGGAAUACCUCAAGACCUCGGUGGAAAAGCUGUUUAAGAAGAUUAACUGUGACGCCACGGAGAUCCUGGGGAAGCUGGGUGAGACCGGGAAGAUCACGGACAUCAACCUCCAGCAGUACUUCGCCAUCAUAGAGAAGAAGACCAACGACCUGCUGAUUCUGGAGUCCUUCCGGCGCCUGCAGGAGGCGGAGGGGCCCGAUGUCGAUGUCCCACAGCCCUUCGUCAACCCCUUCUGGGGCGGCUCUGCCCUCCUCAAGGCCCCUGAGCCCACAAAGGUCAUGCCCCCCGUCUUUGGGUUAGAAUCCUUCAGUGACAAACUUGAAGAGGUGGAACAUCCCCUGGACCACAGUAGCCUCCGGCAGCUGGUCUUGGAGAACUACCUUCAGAAGGACCGUGGCAAGGACCUGCAGGACGCUCUGUUGGAGAAGGCGGAUGAACUCAGGGCCAAGAAGAAGGUGGUAGGCUGAGCUGCAGGUGGCUGUGGUCCACACCCAGAGAGAAUAAAUGUUUGCUUCCUGA